AUGAUGAGAUGGAAGAGUCGCACAGUGCUGUGUGCAUGCACUGCGGCACUCCCCCGCGAUAGGGCAGAUUGGAAAGGGCUAAAGAUCGACAGUUCCAACCAUCUCCCGAGUGGCAUACUCAGCCUGUUGGAUGCUGUGCGAUUCUAUGGCGUUCGAAGACCCUGAUUAGACCCUUGGCAGAUCGUGAUCUACUUAUCAAAGCAACCCAUCUCUUAUGUUCAUCGGCAGUAGCUUCUAUUCGCAAGUGGUGUGAUUUCGGUGGAAAGUGGGCAUUGGUCUGUCUCUGGCUGAUCAGGAAGCUGGGAAAUAGAGGUCCUGAAUGUGGCCGGAGGUAUCCCAAGCCACAACAAGUACAGGAUUCUAAUACCAAGUACCAAACUGGUCUUCAUGCCUAUAGGAUGUACCAACAAAUUCGAAAAAAUCCCUUAUCCCUUGUACUAAAUGUCC